AUGGAUUUCGAAAGCGGCUUUAAAAAGGAGGAUAUGAUGAUGAAGGAAUCCCAACCUUCGUCAACAGGAGUGGAUGAGGGAAUAGAGGACACUCCAAUAGCCGGACAAGUAGAAGAACUACGCAAAGACUUCUCGGUCUGGUCACUUGGCUCCUUAUGUCUCUGCUUGAUGGCAACAUGGGAAGCAUUGUCCAGUGUUGUAGCAGCAGCAUUGGCAAAUGGCGGAGCUCCAUGUCUUUUCUACAACUACUGCAUUUCCUUGAUCGGAAGUCUGGCGAUAUCAUCAUCUCUAGCCGAGAUUGCGUCCAUCUGGCCGACAGCUGGCGGACAAUACCAUUUCGUCGCCGCUCUCGCUCCAAGAAACCAAAUGAAAAUUGCAUCCUGGUUCACGGGUUGGACCUCCAUCGGUGGACAAAUUGUCUUCACAGCAUCAGCCGCGUUCUCUGCAGGACUGCAGUUCCAAGGCCUUAUAACGCUCAAUAACCCAGACAGCUAUGUGCCAGCAAGAUGGCAGGGUGCUCUACACAUUGCCGGCCUCAUGGCAGUCAUGACAGUACUUGGAGUUAUGGCACCCAAACAUGAUGCCCAUUUCGUCUUUGUCCAAGUUACGAAUACCAGUGGCUGGCAAGAUGGUGGGACAUCAUGGCUCGUGGGUCUUUUGAGUGCUGUAUAUCCGCUUCUUGGUUACGAUGCAGCUUGUCACUUAGCAGAAGAGAUGCCACGCCCUGCACGAGAUGUUCCAAUCGCUAUGGUCGGAAGUGUGGCUGUGAACGGGAUUUUGGGACUUGGAUAUUGCAUCAUGCUGCUGUAUUCUCUUGGUGACUUGGACGAAUGUAAGAAAUUUCUCCUCUCAUCUGAUAACCAUAAAUACUCCAAUGAAACCAAUUUCGACGUCCAAAACACCUUGAAUAAGAAAGAUUGUUGA